CCCAAGCUAAACAAGGGAUUCUUACAUAUUUAACAUUCAAAUGCAGAAGCCGAGCUAAGCCAUGGAAGAUUGCAAUCAGAAAAGAGCUGCACUUCCUGAUCAGCAUAAAAGCUACAGGUUCUUCAAACAAGGCACACACUGCUAGUAUUUUGGCCUAAAAUCUGAAGGUUAUUUUGGAAUGUGAAAGCUACUUGCUUCUUGCAUCCGUGACAACCAUGCAGAUACUACUGCCCUGCAUAAACAACCUACACUGACAUGGAUCAAGACAUUUAAAACAAACUUUUCAAGCAAUCAAUGGAGUACAAACUGACUGAUUAAAGAAAAUCCAGAUGGGGUGCAGGUGCUGCAAAAUGAUACAAAGCUACAUUUUUGAUCCAGAAGAGGCACAAUCACCUGGAUACAUUCAUGAGGCGAACAGCUACAAACAACACGGGCAAGACAGCAAUAACUCCAAAUUCAAACAGAGUGGUGAAAUUGAAGAACACAAAAAUGAACUCCAGAAGGAUGAGCUAAAGAGAACAGAAAAUAAAAGUCAGGUGAAUAGUACAAAAGAAGCUCUCCGGAACCACAGAGGAAAUGCUUUUCAGGAGGAUGACCCCGAGAAGGGUGUUGCAAAGCUUCAUGUUGCAGUCAACGGUGGCAACUCCUGCACUGGAGCUCACCCCGGGCCCAAUCCCAACCCAAUGAAGGAAACUGGCAAGCAGGGAGCCUCCAGCUCGUCCGCAGAGUCUUCUGUGGCCACUGCGAGAGACUUCUACACCAAACCUGAUGAGUCUGCUCAAAACUUUGACCUAGAAGCAGGCAACCACAGUAAGUCACCCUGUGCAGAGCCAGACAGUGUUCAAGAUGGAAACUCCUACGUAGCAGAGAAAAACACCUCUCUCAUAGAAAGUGACAUACUGGCGACACAAAAUAAUGCCAUGCAAUUGCCAGACACAGAUUAUCCCCAAAAUGACAGUCAAACCAGGAACUGUGUUGAAAAAGACACCCUUUCAGUCAAUUAUGCACAUCCAGAUCAAAACACGAGGCCUUCAGCAAAACAAGACCAGUACCCUUAUUUAACUCUGCCUUUACAUAUGAAGGAAAACAGUGCUGAACCUUUUAAAACUUAUUCUGUGAGCGAGGACAUUCCUGAUGGUACCACUGUCAAAGGCCUUCCCUCAGCAGCACAGGCACCUACGCACCCCGACCACGAAGCUACCAAUGGAGAAACUGAGGAGGAAGACGCAGAAGUGGCGGCAGCUCUGGCUGCUCUGGAAGCUGCAACUGCAGGGGAAGAUCUGGAAGAUGAUGAUGAGUACUAGGGGAAGGGUUCUUUCUAAUACACUGAUGGGUCUGAUUCUGGAUCUAAAUGAAUUCAUGUGCUGUACACAUGGACCACUGUUAUGAACAGCACAAAUAAAAGGAAUUGGGACUCUGUCCCUUCAGCUGUUAAAAUGUGGCCCUUUAAUUUCUACUGCCUACGGUACAAAUGAGCUCCCUUGGCUAAUGGUAGAAAUAAGGCCC